GUUUGUUUACGUUCUUACCUAAAGAAAAUAUAUAAAUACGAAAAUUGUGAGCCAAGGCUGAGUGCCGCAUCCCCCUAUCUCCAUAUGCCUUUAUUCAAACUGGUCACCACAUCAAGUCGGACUGAGACGAAGACGGAAAUCACUCGAUGGAUGGCUAAGGGCGAGAUUGGACCGCAUAUGUGGGAUGAAUUGAUCUGCAGAUUGCAAAAGCUGUUCCACACGACCUCGACACAGUUCUUCUUGUCAUGGUUUGAUGGAACUGAUUAUUGUACUGUACGCGAUGUGGCCGAUCUACAGGAGGCCGUGGAGUAUUUCAACGAGGAGGGUUCUGGUGACAAAGCAGUUCGCUUGUUUGUAUCGCCAGACAAUCAAAAACACCAGACCAUUUUUGGAGAGAUGCCAGACGAUUCCGAUACGUUCACUGUCGUUGAUGAACCAGUUACAGAAAUUGAGCCUGAAGUUGAAGAAGCUCCUCUUGGAUCUACUCCAUUGGUAACGAUAGAAAACACAACCGAACAACCGAAAGCAGAACUUUCCGACUCGACGCGUGCAAACGAAGAAGUUAGUGAACUCGAAAAGUGCCUAGAAUCGAGUCUGAAUACGGAACAGCAAGCGGAGUGCUCUGAAAAGGUGCAGGUUUCCGCAACUCCAGCGAUGAAUCCCAAUGUAUUUAGCAACACGCCACCGCAACCCACUUAUCAACUGCCUUCUUACACUCCAUAUGCCGGGUUAUAUCCCUACGGACAUUGCUACCCUGGCAACUCCUUCUAUCCGGCGCCUUUUCCAAGAUGGCCUAUGUUAUCUAAUCCUCUGCAAACAUUUCCAACAAACGUGCCUCCUUCUCUCGAUGCCAGUGCUCCACCGGUUACGGAUGCUACUCUGGAGACAAAGGCAGCGGUCAGUAAGGAAACAAUUUGUGCCAUAACAGUAAAGCCCCCAUCUGCGCCCAUUGUAAGCAAACCACACGGUGCCAAAGUACAGAAGCAGAGCUGCAAACGAGAAGCAACGCCAGGUGCGUGUAAGACUAAAGAAAAAACGAAAUAUGUCGGAGUAGCGUUAAAAAUAUUGCGUGAGAUGGGAUUCCAACAGGAAGAAAAAGAGCUGAAGCGGGUCAUUCGAUCUUGCAAUGGGAAUCUUAAUGAGAUAAUGGAUAGACUACAAUGUUCGUCCUCGUAAACGCCAGCGAGGAUGGUGUGGCUUUUAUGUUUUGCCUAACAUAUAUUCGUAAACAUUUCGAUCCCUUAACACUGUAAGACCAAUAUUCAGUUACACAUUGGAAGCUCAUGAGUAAAAACAUUCAAGCCUUGCCUAUAAAAAGGCUUUUGUCUAACAAAUGUUGCCUUGAUAUCUAUUGCCUGUUGUUUCACUGU